UCAGGGCUGAUUUCAGUCCUGCCGGUCAGGAAGUCGGUGCCUCAAUCUGGCGUGCCCUUAGCUAAAGGAACUUUAAUUACCCACUGCUACAAGGAUCUUGGAUUCAUGGAUUUCAUUUGUAGUCUGGUGACAAAGUCUGUGAAGGUAUUUGCCGAGUGCCCUGGGAGUUCCGCCCGGCUAAGGGUGCUCUUGACGUUUUACGCCUCCACCAUCGUGUCUGCUCUGGUGGCUGCAGAGGACAUCUCGGACAGCGUGGUCGCCAAGCUGCUCCCGUACAUCCAGAAGGGAUUGAAGUCAUCUUUGCCAGAUUACAGAGCUGCAACAUACAUGAUAAUAUGUCAGAUUUCUGUGAAAGUGACCAUGGAAGACACCUUUGUUAAUUCGCUGGCUUCACAACUCAUCAAGACGUUGACCAAAAUUCCUGCUUUGAUCAAGGAUGGAUUGGGUUGUUUAAUAGUGCUCCUGCAGCGACAGAAGCCAGAGCGCCUUGGGCAGAAGCCCUUCCCCCACCUGUGUACCGUCCCUGGCCUCAUUGAGAUGCUUUGCGGCCUCUCUGAGACCUACGACGUCAGCGCGCUCCUGCGCUACUUGCUCCCGCAGCUGGUCCUCUCCAUCGCCAGGCAUGCGGCGGGAGAAGAAACUGAGGGGAUGGAUGGCCAGAUCUGCAGGAGACACUUACAAGCUAUACUGACUAAUAUAUCACUGAAGAACAACUUAGACCAUAUGUUGGCUAGCCUUCUCUUUGAAGAGUACAUUUCAUGUAGGUCACGGGAAGAAAUGGAUCCUAGUCGGGUGUCUGUGCUUAACGAGCAGUUUCUUCCACUCAUCAGACUUUUGGAAAGCAAGUACCCCAGGACUUUGGAUGUUGUCCUAGAAGAACGCCUACAGGAAAUUGCAGAUCUGAAAAAACAAGAGAUUUUUCACCAGUUUAUCUCUCUUUCUACAAGUGGAGGGAAGUAUCAGUUUUUAGCAGAUUCUGACACCUCCUUGAUGCUCAGUCUGAAUCAUCCCCUUGCUCCUGUGCGACUUCUGGCCAUCAAUCAUCUGAAAACCAUCAUGAAGACCUCGAAGGAGAGUAUUGAUGAGUCUUUCAUAAAGGAAGCUGUUUUAACGCGAUUAGGUGAUGACAAUAUAGAUGUUGUUUUGUCAGCUAUCAGUGCUUUUGAGAGUUUCAAACAACAUUUUAGUUCAGAAGUGACUGUUUCAAAUCUUUUGAACCUCUUUAGAAGAGCAGAACUUUCAAAGAAUAUAGGGUGGUACAAGGUGCUUGAGAUCGCAGCAGACAUAUUAAUUAAAGAAGAACUCCUGAGUGGGAGUGAUCAGUUGUCCAAUCAGGUGGCUGUGCAGCUGUUGCCGUUUAUGAUCAUCAGUACAGAUGAUAAGGAAUCUGCUGAGUUGAAAAUGGCUGUAUAUUUAUCCAAAUCAGGAAUUUGCUCGCUGCAUCCUAUAUUAAAAGGCUGGAAAGAAGCUCUUGAAAAUGUAAUUCAAAGCACAAAGUCAGGGAAAUUAAUUGGUGUAGCAAAUCAGAAGAUGAUCGAGUUGUUGGCUAGCAAUAUAAAUUCGGGGGACCCAUCUUCUAUGUUAAAGAUGGUGGAGGAUUUGAUAAGCGUUGGGGAAAAGGAGUCCUACACCCUGAAGCAGAAAGUGACCUCUCAUGUGAUCACAGCUGUGCUUGUUGCUUGCUGUUCAUCUUUGAAAGAAACGCACUUUCCCUUUGCAAUAAGAGUCUUCAGUUUGCUGCAGAAAAAAAUAAAGAAGCUCCAAAACGUGAUCACCGCAGUGGAAAUACCCGCAGAGUGGCACUUGGAGCUGAUGGCAGACAGAGGGAUGCCAGCAGAGCUGUGGGCGCACUACACAGAGCAGCUGCACGCCGCCCAGCGGGUCGCCGUGGAGGACUCUGUCUUACUUGUGUUCACACUGAAAAACUUUAUCCACGCACUAAAGGCUCCUGCGUCUUUUCCUAGAGGUGCGGCGUGGUGGGACCCCCAGCAGCUGCAGGACGACGGCCGAGACUACCUGCGCUUGCUCGUGGCGCUGUUUGAGAUGCUGCUCGGUGGCGCUGAGGCCGCUCACUUCAGGCUCCUGAUGAAGCUUUUCAUGCAGGUGCAUCUUGGAGACGUUGCUCAGUUACUGAAGUUCUUGUGUGUGCUGUGGACCUAUGGUUCUAGCCUUUCAGACCCCCUUAAUUGCUGUGUGAAAACGGCGCUGCAGACGCAGGCGCUGUACGUGGGGUGCGCGGUGCUGUCUCAAAAGGCACGGUGUCGGCCUCCGCUGGCCUCCUGGCCUUCCCCAGUGGUGACAGCUCUGCUCAUCAGCACGGGAAGCCCCAUAAAGGAGGUCCGGAGGGCUGCCGUGUGUUGUCUCCAGGCGCUCGGCGGGGUGGCGUCCCCCUUUCAGCUGGUGGUCGAUCACUUGGUUCCCAAAGCAGAGGAGAUCACCUCAGAUGCCACCUACGUCACUCAGGAUCUGGCUACUUUAUUUGAGGGACUACAAAAGGAGAAGAAAGUGAAAUCUCAUCAGAAGCUGUCUGAAACUUUGAAAAGCCUGCUCUGUUGUGUAUAUAGCAGCCCAUGCUACAUUGCCAAAGACUUGAUGAAGAUCCUUCAGGAAGUCAACAGUGAGAUGGCGCUUUCCCAGCUAUUGCCGAUGGCUGAGCAACUACUAGGAAAGGUCCAGAAGGAGCCCGCAGCUGUCCUAAAAGACGAGGCCAUUGUUUUGCAACUUAUUCUGGGAAAAUACAAUGAAUUUUCAGCUUCUCUUUUACAUAAGGACCCCAAGAGUCUAGAUCUCUUCAUGAAAGCUGUGCACACAACAAAGGAACUUUGUGCGGGAAUGCCAACCCUUCAGAUCACGGCCCUCGAAAAGAUUACAAAGCCCUUUUUCGCAGCUAUAUCGGAUGAAAAAGUUCAGCAGAAGCUUUUGUGCAUGUUGUUUGACUUAUUAGUGAACUGCAAAAAUUCACACUGUGUUCAGACUAUUAGUAGUGUGUUUAAAGGGAUUUCUGUGGAUGCUGAGCAAGUCAGAAUAGAACUGGAGCCACGAGAUAAAACUAAGUCCUUGGGCACAGUUCAGCAAACGAGAAGGCAGAAAAUGCAACAGAAAAAGUCACAAGAUCUGGAAUCUGUUCAGGAAGUUGGAGGUUCUUACUGGCAGAGAGUAACCCUCAUCCUAGAAUUGCUGCAGCACAAAAAGAAACUCAAAAAUCCUCAGAUAUUGAUACCAACUCUUUUUAGCCUGCUGUCGAGAUGCUUAGAGCCUUUGCCACCAGAGCAGGGGAGUAUGGAAUACACCAAGCAGUUAAUUCUCAGUUGUUUGCUCAACAUCUGCCAAAAGCUCUCUCCAGAUGGUGGCAAAAUACCAAAAGAUGUUCUAGAUGAGGAGAAGUUCAACGUGGAAUUGCUCGUCCAGUGCAUCCGUGUCUCGGAGAUGCCUCAGACCCAUCACCACGCCCUGCUACUCUUGGGCACCGUUGCCAGCAUAUUUCCUGACAAAGUGCUACAUAACAUCAUGUCGAUUUUCACAUUUAUGGGAGCCAGUGUGAUGCGUCUGGAUGAUACUUACAGCUUUCAAGUAAUUAACAAGACAGUCAAAAUGGUCAUCCCGGCACUUAUUCAGUCUGACAGCGGCGAUUCCGUGGAGGUCACCAGAAGCGUGGAGGAGACCGUGACGCGGAUCCUGAGCGUGUUUGUGGACGCGCUGCCUCACGUGCCCGAGCACCGCCGCCUGCCGGUGCUCACGCAGCUCACCCACACGCUGGGCCCCGCGCGCUUCCUCUGGGCGCUGCUCAUCUUGCUCUUCGAGCAGUACGUCACCAAGACCGCGCUGGUGGCUGCUGGCGGGGACAAGGAUGCCGUCUUAGAGGCAGACACUGAGUUCUGGAUUUCAGUCUGUUGUGAAUUUAGUGUCCAGCACCAGGUACAGAGCUUGAUGAACAUCCUCCAGUACUUAAUGGAGCUGCCAGAGGAAAAAGAAGAAACCACCCCCAGAGCAGUGUCUGGUAGGAGUGAGUCACGCACCGAAACGCUGCAGGUCUUCAACGUCGACACUCACACCAGCAAGCAGCUGCGGCAUUUGAAGUUCCUGUCGGUGUCCUUCAUGUCUCAGCUCCUGGCUUCCGAGAAUUUUAUCAGAAAGGUGGUUGAGAGUGGUGGGCCUCAAGUCUUCGCGGGCCUUGAGCAGAGGCUGCUGGAGCUGGUCCUGAGCUACAUUAACGCCGUGGCGCAGUCCGUGGAGAGGAACGCCGACACGCUCACCGGCAAGUUCUGGCGCGCGCUCCUCAGCAAAGCCUACGACCUGCUGGACAAGGUCAACGCCUUGCUGCCUACGGAGACCUUCGUUCCUGUGGUCAGAGGGCUGCUGGCUCACCCGGUGCCAUCCGUUCGCCGUAAAGCGCUGGACCUGCUGAACAACAAGCUGCAGCAGAACCUGUCCUGGAAGAAGAAGCUCGUCUUCCGUUUCCUGAAACUGAUUCCAGUUCUCCUGGCCAUUGUGCAACAUAAAAAAAAGGCAUUAGAAGAGCAAGCAGUCAACAGGCAGACAGCUUUGUACACCCUAAAGCUUUUGUGCAAGAACUUCGGCGCCGAGCGUCCGGAGUCCUUUGUCCCGGUGCUAAACGCGGCGGUGAAACUGGUCUCUCCGCAAACCACGGAGGACAAGAACGUGUGGGGCAGUGCCCUGCUGUGUGUGGCCGAGGUGGCCAGCACCCUGGAGGCGCGGGCCGUCCCUCAGCUCCCCAGCCUGAUGCCCGCGUUGUUGAGAAUCCUGAGGAACACCAGCGAGCUGGUCUCGGGUGAGAUCUAUCUGCUCAGCGCCCUGGCGGCCCUGCAGAAGGUCGUGGAGACACUGCCCCACUUCAUCAGCCCCUACCUGGACGGCGUCCUGACUCAGGUGAUUCACUUGGAGAAGAUCACCAGUGAGUUGGGUACUGCCUCCCAGGCCAACGUCCGUCUCCUGUCUGUCAAGAAGACACUGGCCACCAAGCUCUCCUCCCGAGUCUUUCUGCCAGCCGUCAACAGGACUUACAAGCACAUUGAGAAGAACUGGAAGAAUCACAUGGGCCCGUUUAUGAGCAUCCUGCGAGACCACAUCGGGACCAUGAAGAAGGAAGAGCUCACCUCCCAUCAGUCUCAGCUCACGGUGUUUUUCUUGGAAGCCCUGGACUUCCGAGCACAGCACCCCGAGAAUGAUCUGGAAGAAAUUAGAAAAACAGAGAAUUGUAUCAUUGACUGUCUAGUGGCCAUGGUGGUGAAGCUUUCUGAAGUCACGUUCAGACCCCUGUUCUUCAAGCUGUUUGACUGGGCUAAAGCAGAAGAUGCCCCCAAGGACAGGCUGCUGACCUUCUGCCACUUGGCAGACUGCAUCGCUGAGAAGCUGAAAGGGCUUUUUACUCUCUUUGCGGGCCACUUGGUGAAGCCUUUUGCUGAUACCCUGAACCAGGUGAACAUCUCCAAAACAGAUGAAGCAUUUUUUGACUCUGAAAAUGACCCUGAAAAGUGCUGCUUGCUCUUAGAGUUUAUCUUGAACUGUCUGUAUAAAAUCUUCCUUUUUGAUACCCAGCGUUUUGUAAGUAAAGAGCGCGCAGAAGCCCUGAUGAUGCCCCUGGUGGACCAGCUGGAAAACAGGCUGGGAGGAGAAGAGAAGUUCCAGGAGCGGGUGACGAGGCAGUUGAUCCCGUGCAUUGCUCAGUUCUCAGUGGCCAUGGCGGACGACUCGCUCUGGAAACCACUCAACUACCAGAUUCUGCUCAAGACGAGAGACUCCUCACCCAAGGUUCGAUUUGCUGCUCUGAUUACCGUGCUAGCGCUGGCUGAAAAACUGAAGGAGAACUACAUUGUCUUGCUACCAGAAUCCAUUCCUUUCUUGGCUGAACUGAUGGAAGACGAGUGUGAAGAGGUGGAACGUCAGUGCCAAAAGACGAUUCAGCAGCUGGAGACGAUCCUGGGCGAGCCGCUCCAGAGCUACUUCUGAGGCCAGUUGGGGUUCACGCCGCCCAGCACCCGUGCUCACUGCCACCCUCAGGUGCCCGGCACCAUGUUACUGUUGGCACCCUGACGCCUGGUUGGCGUAAGCCUCUGCUGCCGGUUGUGCAGACACGAGGAAGCAAUGGACACGUGGCUUCUCUACGCAGACUGGUGUGGCACGGGCUCGCCCGCUCUGUAGCGGUAGCAGACAUGUUGGCGGAGCGCCCGCGGCUCCUUGCUCACGCUCUCCCACGUGCUCCGUGAGCGAAUGGCGGCACUGCAGCAAGAGCGCUCAGCUGUGACGUCAUCUGCACGUUUGCUUCUCUCGCUGGGCGAGGACCCCCGGCCCUCAGCAGUGUGGCGCCAGGGAGGCCGGGGGAGCGUCCUCCGCUCGGGACUCUGGGCGUCUCUUGUCUUUUUGGGGGGCAGGGGCUAGUGGGGCAACAGGCUGUUCAUAAAGCCACCCCCAGAUAGAAGGGGCACAGAAACACUGGGGAGCACGGAGGGUCUCCUCCAGGGUUAGAAAGGACCACGUUCCCAUGGGUGGUAACCGAGCUCCUUAAGCGCAUCUCAAGAGUAUGGCUUCCAGAGCGAACUGACGCGCACUCGUACUGAGCCACAGGGAAGGUAGUGUAGGAACUCUGAUCAUACACGCCUUUAUUUUAGGCGUUUUUAUUCGUCAUUUUUAUUUAAGGACUCUAAGAACUAUCCCAUAGAAUGUCCAAAUUGAUUUUUAAAUCCUUUGAUCUAAUUAAUAUAAAAAUUUUGUGUAGAACUGCUGCAAGAAAGCUGACUUGCAGCUUAGAAAUAGCUUGCAUACUUGUAAAGAAACAGCGCUAUGACUCAUUCAUAUGCUGUAGCAUCUACCCAAAAACUAUCUUAAGAUUUUAUGUUUAUGUGGUCAAAGAAUUAAUUUUGCCUGAAUUAUACCUCCAAGUAAAAGAAAGAUGGAAACUUUAAGACUCCAAGGAAACGGUGUUAAGCACUCUGUGGUUUUGCCUAAGUUGCAGCAUCUUGGUCAUGUUCUCUGAUGUCCUGAUGGAAGGAGAAAUAGCCACCACCUGGGGGCAUUCUAGCACCGUCUACAGCUAGCUCACCCCUCUCCAUCCCCAUGGUUUUGGGAGCCGGCGGGACGCAGCAUAAUAAAGUCACAUGAGAAGAUGUGAAGAAAGACUGGAAAUUUCUACAGUGGGCACUAAAAAGAUGGUGAUGUGUUUUCAGUAUAUGGGCACGAACCAUACCUCGCCAAGUUUGAUGGAAACAUUCCUAAAUCUUGGCAAAUUCAGCGCAGCAGAUGGAGGAGAUAAAAUUACUGCGUGUUAGCUCUUUCCGUCCCCUUCCAAACCUUUGAAAUUUCCUGUAAC